GUUAGGGUGGUUUUGUAGUGUAAAAUAAACUUUUAACCUUUGACUUUCUUUAGUUAGUUUUAAAAUGCCUUUUUAUCUUGUAAAUACAGGUUUAUUGAAAAAAGUAUCGACUGUCCAGUCAGUCCAAAUGCGACUGUACUCGAUGCAUAAAAGGGAGUUUGUCAUGGUCUUUAUUGGAUUUUAUGUUUGCAUUGGAUUGGCUGUAUUCAUUGGAUUAGCAGGUCCUCCAAUAACAGUAACUACAAGUUUUAAAGGAUCAGAACUAUUAAAAAAACUUAAUAUGUCAGCCAGUGAUAUUUCAUCUGGACCUUUUACUAUUAUGAGUCCACGCAUGUCGACUUAUAAUCAACAGUUGUGGGUAAUGGCAGUGUUUAAAAUCGACAAUAGUGAAGAUGAAAUUCUUGAUAAAAGAUUUCAUGUGAGUGUUGGAAUCAAAGCUUACGAUUCCGAGCACAAAGAAGUGACGAUUUUAAGGCAAGAUCACCACCAUAAUAGAACGAAACAUUUGCAAUGUAAUGGCCAAUUUUGUGAACAAAUUACAAUACUUCACCUAGGUUAUUUGGAUUACGCUCAUUAUAAAAUAAAAGUACAGUUCUUCGGUUUUGAAAACCAACGAUACAAUAUAAAAGACGUUACAUUUUAUUUCAAGAGUUACAACCCUGGUUUUACCCAAAUCGAAAUUUGGUUCAGAUUCAUAUUCCUUCUUACAACCUUUAUAAUAUCAAUAUGGUUUGCUCAUACAUUAAGAAAAUUUCCGAUGUAUGAUUGGUCAAUAGAACAGAAAUGGAUGUCUAUUAUGCUACCUUUAUUACUUCUUUAUAAUGAUCCGAUAUUUCCCCUCACCUUUCUGAUGAAUUCGUGGAUUCCCAGCAUGCUGGAUGCUUUGUUUCAAGCAACUUUUCUUUGCUGUCUUCUUUUAUUUUGGAUUUGCAUCUAUCAUGGGUUAAGGCAGACAGAACGAAAGUUAAUAACAUUCUAUCUCCCUAAACUACUUAUAGUUGGGCCAUUAUGGAUAACUGGUGUCGUGUUGGCAACUUGGCAGAAGGCGAAUGAGUUGCACGAUCCAACAUUCAGCUAUAAAGUAGACACACACAAUUUCUAUAAUUUCAAAUUGGUAUUUUUUGUAUUUAUUGGUCUUUAUGUGUUGUACUUGGGAUGCUUAAUCGUUAGAGCCUAUACUGAGCUGCGAUCAAUGCCUUUUUUUGAUAUGAGGCUGAAGUUCCUUACUCUUCUAAUGAUAAUUGUCAUUACUAUUAGCAUUAUAAUAACUGUGAUGAGGUUUGGUAUCGGAGUUCUUGAGGACAAUUUUGUUUCUGACCUUUCUACGACAUACAGUAGCUCCGCCCAGUUCAUGAGCUUUUAUGGACUUCUUAACUUUUACAUGUAUACAAUGGCUUAUGUAUACUCGCCUAGCAAGAAAACAGUUUUUGAUACCUCCAUUACUAAAGAUAAUCCUGCCUUUUCGAUGAUUAACGAUUCAGAUGAAGAUGUUAUUUAUGGAUCCGAUGAAGAAAGCAGGCAGCCACUAAAUAGAAGUCAUAAUGAUGAUGACAGCGAUUGAAAAUCGAUAACUGAACUAGAAGAAUGUGGCAUAUCAAAAUGAUUUUGGAAUAACUAAUUGUGAUGGUUUUAUCAGCUUUCACCAAUAUUACCAAUUUCAGAUUCAUUCAGGAAUGACUAUGAUAUUGACUUGAUGUCAUCCCUGUAAUGAAGGUUAAAUAUGAAUUUCAAGUAAUUAUAAUCUAUCAAUCUAUGAAUAAAGUCAUCAGAAUAAUUAAGAGAGGGAUAAAUGAAGUGCAAUGACUAACAAAAUGUAUUCAAAACCAUGUAAAUAAUUAAUGUCUGUAAAUAAUUUAUGAAAAAAACACAAUGAUAGUCAUUAUAGCUUUAGGUAAUUAGUUAUGAAUUAAUUAAAUUUGUGAAUAUUUAAUUUAUUGGAAUUCAUCAAUGUAUAUUUCAAAAGAAUAUGUUAUAUCUGUAGUGCUGGUAAUUUUACCACUCAGCGUAGUGUUUUUUAAUGUGAAAAUAAAAAUUUAUCUAAUAUGAA